AUGGCUAGAGCCCGUGACACGUUGUAUAUUAUUCCUGACACUGAUCAACCUGCCUUCGGGGAAGUGAACCAGCUCGGAGGGGUGUUUGUCAACGGGAGACCCCUGCCCAAUGCCAUCAGGUUGCGGAUUGUGGAACUGGCACAACUGGGUAUCAGACCGUGCGACAUUAGCCGGCAGCUCCGCGUUUCUCACGGCUGUGUCAGCAAAAUCCUGGCUCGCUACAACGAGACCGGCUCCAUCCUACCGGGGGCUAUCGGAGGCAGCAAGCCUCGGGUCACCACUCCCACGGUGGUAAAACAUAUCCGGACCUACAAACAAAGGGAUCCGGGCAUCUUCGCCUGGGAGAUCCGGGAUCGCCUGCUGGCCGAUGGCGUAUGUGACAAGUACAACGUGCCGUCGGUCAGCUCCAUCAGCCGCAUCCUCCGGAACAAAAUCGGGAACCUCUCUCAGCAGAGUCACUACGAGUCCUACAAGCAGCACCAGCCGCCCCCACAGCCUGCUCUGCCCUACAACCACAUCUACCCCUAUCCCAGUCCCAUCGCUGCUGCAGGAGCCAAGGUGUCCACUCCUCCCGGGGUUCCGGCGAUCCCCAGCACCAUGGCCAUGCCCAGGACGUGGCCGUCCUCUCACUCAGUGACGGACAUCCUGGGGAUCCGGUCCAUCACAGACCAAGUGAGCGACACUUCGCCUUACCCCAGCCCCAAGGUGGAGGAAUGGAGCAGCCUGGGCCGAAACAGCUUCCACCCGCCGGCCCAGCACUCCGUGAACGGGUUGGAGAAGAGCUCCCUUGAGCAGGAGGCCAAGUACAGCCAGGUGAUCUGGAUGGCACCCCAUUCGAACCCCAUUUGUGAGACCUGCCUCUUACUGGCCACCUGCUUCCACAGCCAAAACACAGUGCCCUGCCCACCAACCCACAUGGCUUCAGGGCACUCCACCUGGAUGAAACUAAUAAAGAAAGUCAGAGAGGCACCCAAUGGCCUCCCAGCUGUCAGCAGUUUUGUGUCGGCACCAGCCAUGCCUCCCUAUGCCACACCAGCCCAAGUGUCACCUUACAUGACGUACAGCGCCACUCCAUCUAGCUAUAUGGCAACCCAUGGCUGGCAGCACGCUGGAGGCACCCCGUUGUCCCCUCACAGUUGCGAUAUCCCUGCCUCGCUGGCGUUCAAGGGCAUGCAGACAGCCAGGGAGGGGAGCCACUCUGUCACAGCCUCUGCUCUCUGAUGCAGGAGUCCAGGACCACAACGAGCUUGCUGGCUUGUCAUCCCCUGAGCCUAGCUCACAGACUGUUCUCUUUGUGCUGGUGAUACCUGGCAUUUCUCCUCAUGACUUGUCUCCUGUAAGACUUUUGGGAUAGCAAAAGCUGAAGACAACAUCAGAAAGUGAGAGAAGUGUGGUGUUGCGCUCUUAAAGACCUUGUGUCCCUCAAAGGGCUCAUGGAGCCUUGUCCCACUCUCUCCUGGUCAAACCACAGAUAUUUAUUCUUAAUCACCACAAACUUUCUAAAUGUGCAAUUGUUAUUUAGAUUUGUGUAAAAAUCAAUAAAGAAAAAUCACCACAGAAAAUUCUGCUAUGCCUUGAAUCAGCAAAGGUGCCUAAAUGGGAGGUGUUUGCUGAUUGCCUAGAGAACAACCCUUUUGUUGAUGAGAUUAUACAAUGCACUGUUAUUAAGAGGUCAUUUUUGGUUGUUUUGUCGGGUUUUGGUAAUCAAAUAUAGAACUAAGGCAGUAGGUGGCUCUCAGAUUCUUCUGUCACGUCGCCAUCAUCAGGCAGUAGUAAUAACUUUGUGAUUUGUAAAUAUAGGCUUUUGACAGCAUUUGUUUUCACCUUCCAGUACAUUUCUCUUUCUCUCUGCCUCUCUCUUUUUCUCUUUCUCUCUUUCUUUCAGUUAAAAAGGUGAUUUCUAGCUAUUUUCUGUGUCUUUGCAGGGUGAGGUGAUAGCCUCAGGUGAUGAGGCUUAGGUAGGAUUUUUUCAUCAUGCUUUUGUGCCUACAGUGGAGGCUUCAACAUCUCAUGAAAUAGUUAUCUCUUUGUCAGAAGAUGCAAAGGCAGAAAUCCAGUUAAGUAACUCUCCACAGCUAUACCCAGUCUCCCAACUUCACGAAACACCAUAUUCAGGUGAAGAGUACGAACAGAAAUGCGUGGAAAAUACCUGAGCGAAACCGAAGACUGUAGAGAAAAAUGCUGUUAGCAUGCAACCUGUGCAGAGAUGAAUACAAAGCCAUGUUAGUCAACAAACCCACUGAGAAACUGAAUUGUACCGUAAUUCUCAGCUCACUUGUGUUCAGCUUUUUCGGCCCCAAGAAUACGUUGUAAUUUUUUAAAGAGGAAGUUGUCUUUAAUUUCUGCUUUAAUGAAUGUAAAAUAUGGCUCUUGGUAAAGUUUACAUAGUUGUUCUGAAGCAUUUUUUUCCCUUAUAGAUAUACUGGUGGUGGUGCUACAAACACAGAUAUUAUUUAAUAUUAGCAAAUUCCCUUUCUACAUUUCUGUAUCCAGUGGCAAGUACUCUGUGCCAGUUAUUAUGCUUUAAACUUUAAUCUCAAGAGAGCAAACGUUCUGAUCUUUGAAAAUUUACUUGUUUUCCUUGGGCAAUAAUAAAGUUCUGACUAUUAUUAUGCUUUCCCCAUGCUGUAGGUAUGUUCAGAAUAUGAAUGUGGAAAAAAAAAGCCUGGUGUGACAUUUCAUUCUUCGCAGAAUAUUAAUAUAUUGUGUAUUUUUAUAAAUAUUUUUCAAUAACUGAAAUUACACUAGACAUAGUUAAAGCAAAGGAGAAAAUAUCAUUCUUCAUAUAUUGUUCUAUCUGCAAACCACGUUAAACCUUAAUUCAGUGGGAAAGUAAAAUACAGUCCCCUCUUAAAAUGCAGUCCUCUGUGGAUUUCCAGCUUUCAUCACCAAGAUAGCUGUGCGUAAAUUUUCAUAACAAUCUUAGUAACCAGUACUUAUGUCAUACACAGUAUGUCCACUAAAAUAUAGAUAGACUCAGCUGGCUGCUGUCACCUUUGCUUUUUGCAUUAAAAAAAUAGUUAACGGAACUGCAUUUCUAUAAAGAACACAGGUAUUGUAUUCUGGCCCCAAGGAAAGAAAAUCUGAUCUUGGAUGCUCAUUCAUGUUCUUCAGCCUCAAAGGCAUUCAACAGCUGUUUAGCUUUAAUGAGAUGCUGAAACCCUUGUUAUUCAGCCGAACACUUUUUCAAGAAUGUUUCUCUGAAACCACUAAAGGCAAUAUGCGCACAAGUGCAUUUCCACUCUGCCACACUCUUAGUGACAUGAUGGAUGUUAUUCUGCCUUUAUGCCAUUAUAGCAGAAAUAAGAUGAGCCUUAACGCCGUGAGAAAGACAUUGGUUUAAUUCUAGACAAGCUCUUCACUAAAAAUAAAACAGGGAAAAAAAGAAGAUAAGAAAAAGAUCAUGAAUAAAUAAGUGAUUAAGUUGGCAACCUUGUUGUUUUACUGGAUUAUAGAAUUAUUGGGUAAGUCUUCCUAUUGUUAUUCAUGCAAAUCAAAAAAGGGACUUCAAAGGGAAAAAAAAACCAAGAAAAAGGAAGAGAAGCCUUCCAUAGCACAGCUUUUUUAAACUUCAAGAAUUCACAAGUCUGUAACAAAGUGUGCCUGCAUUAAAAAUUUUCCAAAUUUUUCUGAGUAACAUGCGGUCAUUUCCAGAAUAAAAGUUGUCUUUCUUGACAUUCUCAUGGAAUAAUAGUGUGUUUUGGGAGAGAGAGAGACAGAUCGUUAGCUUGUAUGAGUUGUUUGCACUACCUUCUCUUCAGCUAAAUCAGGGUAAUUUAUACAGCAAGGACAGGACAUGAUGUUAAUUAUUCCUCACAUGGGAAUACAUCAUCAUAAACAAUUUUGUUCUGUGUUUGUUUAGGUACAGCUUUCUGCGCAUCUGCCUGCUGUACAUGACACCUUACCCCUGAAUGGGAAGUCAGUGGGGCUGUGUGCAGAAAGUGUUGCUCAGAGUGAGCAAAAGUACCUGACCUUGGCUCUUUGUGAACUGCCUGUGACAGUUUAUUUUUGCGUGAAUUUUCAUAAAUCUUUUAAAAAAUGUAAACCUAUGAUGCAGAAUACUUCUUUGCACAAGGAAUUUUUUCCUUGCUUAUACUCAUGCGUAAACUGAAAACUGCAACAUAUCAGCUUACUAGCCACACAACUUUAAGCCACUUUACAUUAAAUUAAAGAGAAAAAGGGAGUUGUUUUUCAAAAAAUAAUAAACAAGGCUUAAAUACUGUUGUCAAAUACAAGGGUAUAAAUUUGGAGUGAACCCACAGAGGUCAAUGGAUGCAUUUGGGAAAUAUGCAGUAUAUGUGGGUGCAGAAUUUAAGUUUUUAAUCUGAAAAGUCUACACUUCAUUCCCAGAGUGUCAAAUGUUUUCAAAGAAAUCAGUGAAGCCUAAUAAUACUCCCUCCUAUGACAGCCAAACUGUGUUUGCAUGGUCCUUUGGUGUAGAACUGAAUCACAGCCCAUAUUACACCAGGGGUAAUGGGGGAUUGGGCUGGCAUGCUCAUAGGUUAGUUUUCCAAGCCCAUGAUGUUUUCUGUUUUCUAAUUGUUCUCAUUUUAUCAAAGAUCAGGCUGAGCUAUUAACUGAAAAAAUCAUGUUGGAAAGGAUGUAAAACUGAAGGCUAUAUUUGUAUAUACAGUAUGUUUAAAGCAUUUUAUUUUUCUAUUUUGAAUGCUCUAAAUUAAUAAAAGACAAAUU